CCCGGCAGUCGUCAUAAAUAGCGGAUGUUUGAGGCAGAGCUUCAGAAGAAUCCGCUCCAUCUGUCACCGAGGCUCCUCCUAACGGUCGGUGUCUUCAGGAAGGCUCAGAGUUCCCGCCAGAGAUGAAGAGCGAAGAGGUUCACCCCACCUGGCCAACCCCCCCACCGUGGUCGUCAUGGUGGGUCUGCCGGCCCGAGGCAAGACCUACAUGUCCAAGAAACUCACACGCUACCUCAACUGGACUGGCUGUCCUACCAAAGUCUUCAACGUUGGAGAGUAUCGUCGAGAGGCCGUCAAGAACUACAGCUCCUACGACUUCUUCAGACCAGACAACGACUGUGCUCUGACCAUCAGACAGGAGUGUGCCUUGGCAGCCUUGAGGGACGUGAGGUCCUACUUGAAGCAUGAAGGCGGUCACGUGGCGGUAUUUGAUGCCACAAACACGACGAGAGAGCGACGAGACCUGAUCCUGGCGUUUGGCGCUGAGAACGGCUUCAAGGUCUUCUUCGUUGAAUCUCUGUGUGAUGAUCCCAGUGUCAUCGCAGCCAACAUCAUGGAAGUGAAGGUGUCGUGUCCAGACUACAGAGACUGCAAUAAGACGGAAGCCAUGUUGGAUUUCCAGAGGAGAAUUGAAUGCUACAAAAGCAGUUACCAACCUCUGGACCCCGACCACCACGACAGGGAUCUGUCCUUCAUCAAGGUGAUGGACGUCGGUCAGAGGUUUCUGGUCAACCACGUCCAGGGUCACCUCCAGAGUAAGAUCGUCUACUUCCUGAUGAACAUCCAGGUGCAGCCGCGGACCAUCUACCUGUGUUGUCAUGGUGACGGCACAGACGCCGACUCUGGCCUCUCACCCCGGGGCAGAAAGUUCUCCUCCGUCCUGGCCCAGUUUGUGGAGCAGCAGCAGCUGAAGGACCUGAAGGUCUGGACCAGUCAGCUGGGCUGCAGCGUCCAGACGGCCGAGACGCUGGGACGACCGUACGAGCAGUGGACGGCGCUGAACCAGAUCAAUGCUGGCGUGUGUGAGGAGGUGACCUACGACCAGGUGACCUACGACCAGGUGACCUACGACCAGGUGACCUACGACCAGGUGACCUACGACCAGGUGAAGGACAAGUUCCCAGAAGAUCAGCUUCUCUGUGGCUGUCCUGCUGGAGAGUGCUACCAGGAGCUGGUGCAGCGGGUGGAGCCGGUCAUCAUGGAGCUGGAGAGACAGGGGAACGUCCUGGUCAUCUGUCACCGGGCCGUCCUGCGCUGCCUCCUGGCCUACUUCCUGGACAAGAGUGCAGAGGAGAUGCCGUACCUGAAGGUCCCCGCCCACACCCUGCUGAAGCUCACUCCUGUGGCCUACGGCUGUAGGGUGGAGUCCAUCGGUCUGACCGGGGAGACGCUCAACUCCCACAGAGACGGAGCCCAGGAGGUGAAGCCCAGGAGUCGCCCAGGUGUCGCUCCUCGGACCAGCACUGAGACCAGCGUCAAGAAACCACGGGUUGACCAACUGGACUCCGCUCCAAACCAGGAGAUGGCGCCCUCUGUCUCAUCACUGGCUCUCUACGGCCGCUCACCCCUCCCCGUGGCUCCACCUGGUGGACAGGUGAGUCCAUCAGAGGACACUGAGGACCAUGUUGUUGUCUCUUCCCGUCCCCCGGUCCUUUACUUUGAGGACGAACCUGCGGAGAACCUCAUCUGGUCACCGUGACCGUCAGGCUGCAGAGACAGACACCACUGAGGACACCUGGACAUGUGGACCUGGACAUGUGGACCUGGACAUGUGGACCUGGUCUGAACGUCAGUCCAGGUCCAGGUCUAGAGACUGUACCAACACCAAUAAGUGCCUGACGUCUGGAUUUUCAGGUCCAUGUUGAAGAAGAAGUCUUAAUUCUCCCUUCACUCCAGGAGGGGGCAGA